GGAAAAUCUCAAACCGUUCACAGCUGGAGCCGCUGACCUAAUUCACAUUUGAGUUUACUUUCAUCCCCCAUCCCCCAAUUUUUGGCUUAGUUUUGAUUGUAAUUGGGGAUGCGUCUCAGAUAUCCGUACCAUUAUUCGCUUUGUGUACAUAUUUAAUUACCGAUUGUGUUAUCUUCGAAAUUAAAGUCAAAAUUCUGUUUCAAAUUCAAGUCUAGUAUCGAAGCAAACAAUUUAUUGAAUUUUGAAAUCCUGUGAAAAUAAGGAACCGCCCGGUGCCCAGCGAUGAACGAGCCUAAGAAACCAUCAAUCGAAGCGAGUGAGCCAGAAACAAUACCAAGUACGGAGGAAGCCGGCAGCCUCCUUGAUACCCUGCAGCUGCACAUCUUCCAUCUUCUGGAGGACCACGCGGCGCAGCAUUACCAGCUCAGUAGGGAAACAUCGGAGGCACGUAUGAUCCUGGCCAGAGUUCGCCUGCAGGAGGGCAACCAGCGAACGGCUGCCGAGGCCCAGCUGCCCCGGUGCCGGCCCUACAAGGCACUUUGUCGACUGGUCGAGGAAGCUAGGCCCUGGGGUACCAUCGUCAAGCUGAUUCGAUUGGCUGUCGAGCCCUGUCGGGGAUAUCUCCACCCGGUGACGAACAUUUUCGGCGCCUUGGUUCCAUUGAGCCUGCGAGUGGCGAGUCGAAAAUGGGAGCGCUGUGUGGACCAGCUUGUGGACUGUGCCAACACCCAAAGAGAACUGCAGGCUACUAUAUCUUCCAUAAGGCAACUCAGAAGGUCUGUCCAUCCGAGGUAUCCCCAUAAAUGAGCCGCUAUAGAAGGCGAGGCGCUUUAUUUCUAAGUAAAAAGUAACGGAAAUACAUGCAUGCACAUGUACCUAUGUGGAUAAAAUCGUCUUCACCACGGUCGAGGCUAUAAAUAGACCGGUAGAUUCAUUGCGGUUUUUGUUUAAUUUUUAUAAUUGGAUUUUGAAAUAAUUGAUAAAUGGCACUUCAAAUGGGGUGCG